AUGAAUAAAAAUGAGCUAAUAAAAAUUGCGUCUAAAAUUAAGGAAGAAGAGUUACAGGAAUUGAAUGAGUGGUUAAACAGCUUUGCAUUGUCAAGAAAAAUAAAAAAUGUUCAUCGAGAUUUCUCAGAUGGUGUAUUAAUGGCUGAACUAGUAAAUAUAUGUUUACCUAAAUUUGUUGAGUUGCAUAAUUAUAGUAAAGCUAAUUCGAUCAAUCAAAAAAAAUAUAACUGGAAUACUUUAAAUGAGAAAGUAUUUAAAAGGCUAGGAUUUAAAAUUGACAAAAAAAAUGUAGAAGAAAUUGUUAAUUGUAAAUAUAUGGGGGUGGAGAAAGUUCUAAACACUUUUAAAAAUCAACUACAGAAAUUUCAAAAUGAAACAAAAGAAGAGGAAAAUUUAAAAGCCCUCAAUGAUGAUACCGAAAAGGCAUUUGGUCAGAGUGAAGGUGCGCGCGCAGAUCAAAAUCAGGAUCAGCUGAAUAAUAUGAAUUCAGAUAUUUUAAACAAUGAUGAAAUUAUUAAAAUAUUAAAAGAUAAAAUUUUUAAUUUGGAAAAGCUUCUAAAAAUUAAAGACAAUAAGAUUGACAUUUUGAAUAGAAAAAUUGACGCCUUAAGCAGAACGACAAAAAAUUAUUUCUGA